AUGUCAUCAAAUAUAAAUUCUCAACUUAUUCUUGAUCUUGAUACAACUCUUCGUAAUGUUCUCCAACAACCUACAAUAGAUAAUAUUCAUUUAUGUUUUUCUCUUAUUAAAAAAUGUCAUUAUCGUCGUUUUGAAGAUGAAAAAACUAUUCAAGAUGAUAAUUUAUAUAUACCAGCUAUAUUACUUCUACGACAAUUUAAUCGUUUUCAAAAUCCAUCAACAUUUGAUAAACUUCUUGAAGAAUUUAUAUUAUUAUUUAAAUUAAUACCAAUAUCAACAAAAAAAACUCUUGAUGAUUUACUUUGUAUAAUUAGUAUUAUAUUAACAAAACGUAUAAUGAUAACAAAUGAUGAAGUUCAACAAGAUUUAUUUAUUCGAUUUUUUCAUGCAUUUUGUUUAUCAAUAAAAACUAAUUUAAAUUUAUUCUAUAAAGAAUUUUUAGGAAAUUUUAAUCAAAAUUUACCUAUUAUUGGUCAUUAUCUUUCAUGUUUACUUCAAUUAUAUGAAAAAAUUAAUACACUUGAUUGUAGAAUUAAUAUUAUUAAUACAUUAUGGUCAUUAAUAUAUAUUAAUAAAAAUGAUCAUGAGAAUGAAUAUCGAUUAAUUAUUGGACAAAUUUUAGCUUGUUUUUUACCCGGUAUAUUAAAAACAUUGACACAAGAUAUUGGUACAAUUCAUCAACGUCUUGUUUAUGCAAAUCUUAUUUUAUUAAGUUAUAUUAUUCGACUAAGUGUUAAUCUUUCAUCAAAAUAUAAACCAGAUAUAAAUUUAAUGAAAGAUGAACUUCGUGAUAUUGUUGUUGAAAGAAAUGAACAAUGGUUAUCUAUUGUUGAUAAUCAUUUAGCUCCUAUUUUACAACGAUUAACCAAUGAUUAUGUUAAUCAUGAAAGUUUAAAUGUUCGUCAAGCACUUGCAAAUUUUAUGUUAACAAUAUUAUGUUAUUGUUCAGUAUGGUUAAAAAUAUCUGCAAAUAUUGCAUUGAAAACAAUGCUUGUAAUUGUUUCAUCAAGAAAAGAAGAUCAAAAUGAAAUUGAAAUAUUGAAAGUUUUAUUGAAAAAAUUAUUUAAAUUACCGAUCGAAUCAUUACCCAUCAUAUCAUCUCAACCAUUGUCAUCAGAAUCAUCUAUUCUUACAUAUGAAACAGAAUUUAUAAAUGAAAUUCUUAAUUCAUCAGAUAUACAUCUUUCCGAUCAUCUAUUAAUCGAAUGUCAAGCUGAUUUAUUUCAAUUACUUGAACAACAGCAACAACAAGUAUCUUCAUCAUCAAUAUUAACUGAUCGUCGUUGGCGUUUACAAUUAUUCAUUGGUUAUUAUACAUUUAUUCAUAGUCAUAUUGAUUUUCUUUUUGAUAUGGAUGCAUUUACUAAUAAAUUAUUUCGUUUUAUGUUAAAUACACUUGAUUUUAAUACAUUAAUACGAAGUAAUAUUAAUAUACUCAAUGAAAGUUCAUUAUCAAACACUAUUAAUCAUACGAAAAAUUUUGAUCCUAAUGAAUAUUAUUCAGUUUAUAAAUAUUUAAAAUCAGAUGUACAUAAUGAAAUUGAACAAAUAAUGAAAUUAUUUACAUCAUCACAUGAAACAUUUAUUAUUUAUUUAUUUGAACAAAUUAAUCAAAAGAAAAUUAUUGAUGAAAAUAAUCAAAAAGUAUUUUAUCUUCUUUCAAUUAUAUUUGACAAGAAUUAUUUUAAUAAUUUCGAAGACUAUCAAUUACUGUUAUCAUUACUUAGUCAAGUAAUUUGUGAUGAUGAUUAUCGAAAACAAACAAAAAAAAGAAAAAAAAAUCAUUCGAAAAAAGAAGAACCCAUAUCAAAUCGAAAUCUAACGAUCUAUUUUCUUCUUCAAUGUAUUCGUACCUUAACUCAUAAUGAUCAUGUUGAAUAUCUUAUUGAUUAUAUUCCAUUACUUCUACUUUGUCAUUCAUCGAAAUAUACAAUUAUUCAUCAAACAUCAUUAUUAUGUUUAACAUCAAUAUCAAAUGAUUUAUCUUCAUUUCUUGUAUCACAAUCUGAAUAUAUAAUCGAUAAUUCACUUAAAAAAUUACAAACAUCAUCAUAUGAUGGUUAUUUAAUUUUAAUUGAAUUUAUUCGAUUAGGUAAUACUAAAGUUAUUAAUUUACCUAUAAUGACACAUGUUAUUGAACAAUUAUUACUUGAAUUAUCAUGUCUACCACCAUUGGAAUGUAUUGAAUUAACAUUUCAAUUUUUAAAUGUUUUUUGUCAACAAGUUCUUGAUAUAGUUGAUAAAAAAAAACUUAAAUCAAAAUUAUUAUCUCAACAAACAAAAUCUUUAAUUGAUUUUACUCUUAAUUUACAACAACAAUAUGCACCAGUAAAUUCUUCAAAUGAAGAAAUCAACAAUAACAAUAAUAAUAAUAAUAAUGAGGUGGAGGAGGAAGAAGAAAAAAAACCAGAUGAACAUCCAUGGCAUAAAAUGCUUGUAUCAAUAGUUGAUGUUUUUCAACAUUUUAUAUCACAUUCAAAUAAUCAUAUACGUUCAUGUGUUCUUGAUGCAUUUCCAUCAUUAGCACAUUUACUUUCAACAAUUGAUGAAAAUUUAUUUUUACCAUUAGUACAUAAAUUAUGGCCAGGUCUUAUUCAUCGUCUUUAUGAUAUAGAUUUUAAUAUACGUAUACGUUGUUUAACAACAAUACAAUGUUUAUGUCAUAUAUGUUCAGAUUUUGUUGAUCGUCGUAUAAGACAAGAUAUAUUACCAAUACUUAUACAACAUCUUGAAAAUAAUCGUUUAAUAUCAUCAUCAAAUAAACUUGAAUAUCGUUAUAUGAAAUGUUUAUUAACAAAUAUAGGAUCAAUAUUAAAUGCAAUUACAAUAAAUAUAAAUGAUAUUGAAAAAAUUAUUUUAAUACUUUUUCAAUAUUUACAAGUUGAAGAAUUAGCUUUAAAUGCAUAUGAACAAUUAAUAUUAUUAACAGAAAAAUAUUCAGAUAUAAUUUGGUUAAAAUUAAUUUUACAUGAUGAAAAUGAAUAUCGAAAAGGAUAUUUUGAUAAAAUGAAAGUUUAUAAACCUGAACCUAUGUUAACAAUUGAUCCAAAAUGGAAAUCAAACUUAUUAGUUUGUUUAAACAAAUGUUAG